AUGCUUUGCUUCAUGUGUUCACCCCUGGCUGGUGUACAGUUCUGUUCGCAGUUCAUGACUCGCUACAUUGAAAAAGCUUCAUUCACCUUUUUGAUAGACUGGAUAAAUACGAUUGCUAACUAUAUGGUAGGGAUCAGCACUAUCACAGCGUAUGCGAUUCUUGUAUCUGUUCUGCUUAUACGUGGAACUAUCAGGUUAAGGAGCAACACAGAGUUGAAAAUGAUGAUACAGAUUGCCGUAAUGUCAACAAUCGGGGUCUUCUAUUUCUUCUAUUGGGAGUUCCACCAUUCUCUGAAUAUUGAUCUUGCGAGCAGUACUAUCAUAUACGAAAAUCUCACGUUAUUCUACUACGACGCAGUUGUUCUCCCUUACUUACUGUUAAACAACACUUUUGGUCAACGAUUUCUUGCCACAUUUCACAAGAGUGGUCUUCGUUGUUCGGCAAAAUCGCUGGUCCGCAGAAAUGUGUUCUUCCUUACGGGAGCAAGAGUCGACUGUUUAGGAAAAGGAAUCGGCUCUCCACAAUAA